CCCUUCUUCCUGGGCAGAUAUUUUCCUGUUCCUGUCUGGACACUGGCUGCCUGUGCCUUAGAUCUGUGUUGUUCCUGUAGUUUGCCUCACAUUCUCUCUUUGUUUCUCCUUAGCCAGCCCUUCCCUGAGAAGGAGACCAGGUGAUGGCAGCUAUGCUUUUGACAUCUUGGCCCCAGAAGUUGGUGACCUUUGAGGAUGUGGCUGUGUACUUCACCCAGACGGAAUGGGAUGGCCUGUCCCCUGCACAGAGGGCCCUAUACAGGGAUGUGAUGCUGGAGAACUAUGGGAAUGUGACCUCUCUGGCAGGAUACCCACUUCUCAAACCUGCUGUGAUCUCACAACUGGAGGGAGGAGAUGAGCUGGGGGUCUCAUUGCAACUGGCUGUUGGAAAUGGAUCAGGCCCCCAGGGCCUCUGGAAUGUAGAUAUGGAUAUCCAAACUGGCAAUAAUUUGACAAAGGAAAUGUGUGAAGAAAAAGAUAGUACAUCAUUUGAACUUCAGAGGGACUUUUCUAAGGAAGCAGACUUUUCAGAAACCUCUAUGCUAGAGCAACAACAGGAAGUGUACUCAGCAGGAUGUAUGAAGAACGAAAACAGCAUUGCCACUGGUAAGACAGUGAAAGAUGAGAUAAGACCCAUGGAGGAGUGUUUUGUUAGUCAGAGUCAAAACUUGUUUCAGUAUCAUACUAUCUCCACUGAAGAGCAACACCUUCAUUGUACACAACUGGAAAAAGCCUUGUGCUUUGACACCAAGAUUAUUAAACAUGAAAUAAUUGACACUGGGGAAGGUCCUCUGAAAUGUGAAGAAUUAGUGGAAACCUUUAGAUGUGACUCUCAGCUUAAUCAGCAUCUAGAAAGCUACUCUAGGGAGAAACCCUAUCGAUGUAUGGAGUGUGGCAAAGCCUUCAGUGUUAAUGCAAAAUUAAUUUGGCAUCAAAGACUUCAUAGUGGAGAGAAACCCUUCAAAUGUGAGUGUGGCAAGUGUUUCAGCUACAGUUCCCACUAUAUCACACAUCAGACAAUCCACAGUGGGGAGAAGCCCUAUCAGUGUAAUGUGUGUGGGAAAGCCUUCAGCGUUAAUGGGAGUCUGAGUAGGCACCAGAGGAUCCAUACAGGAGAGAAGCCCUAUCAGUGCCAGGAGUGCGGAAAUGGCUUCAGCUGUAGUUCUGCAUACAUUACACAUCAGAGGGUCCACACUGGGGAGAAACCUUACCAGUGUAAUGACUGUGGAAAAGCUUUCAAUGUUAAUGCAAAAUUAAUUCAGCAUCAGAGAAUCCAUACUGGAGAAAAACCAUAUGAGUGCAGUGAGUGUGGGAAAGGCUUCAGGUGCAGCUCCCAGCUUAGGCAGCAUCAGAGUAUCCAUACUGGAGAGAAGCCCUAUCAGUGUAGUGAGUGUGGAAAAGCCUUCAAUAAUAAUGCAAAACUCAUUCAGCAUCGAAGAAUCCACACAGGUGAGAAACCCUAUGAGUGCAAUGAAUGUGGAAAAGCCUUUAGUGUCAAAGGGAAGUUAAUCCAGCACCAGAGAAUCCACACAGGGGAGAAACCUUAUGUGUGUAAUGAGUGUGGGAAAGCCUUUAGGUGUAACUCCCAGCUUCGGCAGCAUCUGAGAAUCCACACUGGGGAGAAGCCCUAUGAGUGUAACGAGUGUGGGAAGGCCUUCAAUGUUAAUGCAAAAUUAAUGCAGCAUCGGAGAAUUCACACAGGGGAGAAGCCCUUUGAAUGUAAGGAGUGUGGCAAAUGUUUUACUUCUAAAAGAAACUUACUUGAUCAUCACCGAAUCCAUUCUGGAGAAAAGCCUUACCAAUGUAAGGAAUGUGGGAAAGCCUUCAGCAUCAAUGCUAAGUUAACUAGGCAUCAGCGAAUCCAUACUGGGGAAAAGCCUUUCAAGUGUAUGGAAUGUGAGAAAGCAUUCAGCUGUAGUUCUGACUAUAUUGUGCACCAGAGAAUCCAUACUGGAAGAAACCCUUUCAAUGUAAGGAGUGUGGGAAAGCCUUCCAUGUGAAUGCCCACUUAAUUCGGCAUCAGAGAAGCCACACUGGGGAGAAACCUUUCCGAUGUGUGGAGUGUGGCAAAGGCUUCAGUUUUAGUUCUGACUGUAUUA